AUGUUCUCGGCCUUUAUCCGCCGGGUCAACGCCAUCAAAAAGCGCAUCCCGAUCCUAAACAAACUACAGCUCAACUUUAUUCUGAUCCACUAUAUUUAUAUCAUUUCCUGGAUUAUCCUUGGCUCCAUUAUUCUCUAUGCCGGCGGGAAUAUUCGCUAUAUCGAUGCCCUCUUCUUGUCGUCCGGCUCCAGUACCCAGAGCGGUUUGAACUCCGUUAACCUAAACGAACUAUACCUUUACCAGCAAAUCAUCUUAUGGUUGAUUACAUGUCUCUGCACUCCGAUUUUCAUCAACGGCGCUCUCGUCUUCGUUCGUCUAUAUUGGUUUGAGAAGCGGUUCCAGCAUGUGGUCCGGGAUGCGCGUGCACUGCGCAGCACCCGCUCGCGUAUGGAAACUGUGACCCGAGGGAAGGAUAGUCAGGAUAUCAAUCGGGCGGAGCUUGGCGUUAGUGGCCGGUCGAUAGUGGUGAUUCGCAAUGACUCUGGAGAUGCACGGGAGAGGCGUCUACCAGAUCCCGCCUCCGGCCAACUUGACGGGUCAUCGGACUCUGAUUCCCCCGAGACCAAGGAGACUACGGAUAAAUCCACCUCUGAAAACACGGACAACGAUAUCGGAAGUCGGUUCGGGCUGACUAACUUGCGAUUGCCCACCCAGCUGAGCCCGGAGCAUCACAUCGCGUUCGUCGAAAACCAACGGAAGAACAAAGGUGCUCUGCGUAUUCCCAGUCCUCGCGAGUAUGAUCGCGGUGGCGUUCCUGAAGCAUUAGAGGAUGGGGAUGGAGAUGAGGCUGGGAAUGAACACGCCAACGAGCCUUUCAGUCCUCAAUCUGAGAGGGGAAGCUCUCCACCCUCGGAGGAUGACCAGGUUCCUCCUAUGGAAGGCCAGCAUAUCACGAUCAAUGAGCCCGACUUUACUCGUAAUCGUACGCGUGCUAGCACAUUCGCCCGCUUGGAUACACGACCAACCAUGCGUGACACAAUGACGAAAGAUGUGAACGACACGAACGACGAUGAUGGGCUUGGCCCGUCCACCACAAGGCACACUGUCCGAGGAAUUUGGCGCUCUAUCACGCAGGAAAGAGAGCGUCCUACCCAGCCUUAUCUCAGUUGGAACGCCACUGUGGCCCGAAACUCGAAUUUCGUCGAUCUGACCGAGGAGCAACGUGACGAGCUGGGCGGCAUUGAGUACCGCGCUCUCAAGACUCUCGCAGUUGUGCUGAUCUCCUACUAUGUUGGCUUCCACCUUCUUGGACUGAUUAGUAUGAUCGGGUGGAUCAUGACAGAGGACAAAUGGGGUGACGUCGUCAGGGCAGACGGUAUUGGACGCCCUUGGUGGGGAAUUUUCACCGCUGCCUCGGCGUUCAACGAUCUUGGCUUCACCCUCACGCCUGAUUCCAUGUACUCGUUUUCAACUGCCAUCUUCCCUUUGCUCCUUCUGGCGUAUUUGAUCAUUAUUGGUAACACGGGAUUCCCUUGUAUGUUGCGAUUGAUGAUUUGGAUAUUGUCAAAGUUCACACGUCACGGAACUGCUCUCUGGGAAGAGCUGAAGUUCCUGCUUGACCACCCCCGUCGUUGCUUUACCCUUCUCUUCCCCCGCAAUGCCACUUGGUGGCUUUUUGCAAUUCUCAUGGCUCUGAAUUGUAUUGAUGUGAUCUUUUAUAUUAUUUUGGAUUUAAACGAUUCCACAGUUACCCAGUACUCGCCCGGAAUCCGGGUUCUUGAUGGUUUCUUCCAAGCGGCAUCUACUCGAACGGCCGGUUUUGGAAUUGUCAGCCUUUCCGACUUGCACCCCGCCAUCCAGGUCUCCUACCUAAUCAUGAUGUAUAUUUCCGUGUUCCCGAUUGCCAUCUCCCUGCGUCGUACAAAUGUGUAUGAAGAAAAGAGUCUGGGUCUGUAUGGUGGCAGUGAAGAAGACGAGGAUGAAGAAAACCAAACGGCCCCCAGUUACAUUGGUGCUCACUUGCGACGCCAGCUGAGUUUCGACUUGUGGUACGUUUUCUUGGGAUUGUUCAUCAUCUCCAUCGCCGAAGGUGGCCGUCUCCAAAGCACAGAUGACUACAGCUUCCAACUCUUCACUGUCUUAUUUGAGGUCGUGUCCGCCUAUGGUACUGUCGGUUUGUCAUUCGGCUAUCCUGGCGUUGAUACUUCAUUCUCGGGCCAGUUCAACGUCGUCUCCAAGCUGGUCAUCAUUGCCAUGCAGAUCCGUGGCCGUCAUCGUGGUUUGCCUUACGCCCUUGACCGAGCCGUCCUGCUGCCCUCUGACGCUCUCAACCGCCAUGAAGCCGAAGACUCCGAACGCCGCAUGCGCCGUCGUGCUUCCAAUCUCAGUGGAGCCGAGUCCUUCGGUCGUCCGUCCCGCACUUUCUCCCAAUCCCGUCCAGAUGCAGGCAUGGCUUCUGGCUUGGAAUCGCGUGACUGGCAGCCCAGCAACGGCGAUGCCCUCACCCAUCGCUCGGCGACCAUCCGCUCCAAUCGCUAG